AUGAGCGGAUCAAUCAGCCCAACGGACUCUGCUGAGACCCCCACUUUCUCUCCUUCUCAGGAGGAGCAAAGUGUGAUAUCGCGCGUGCUCGCAAAACACCCGAGGCUGAUGCUUGUCCGGCAAACCACUCAACUACGCGCCAUCAUGACGAUCAUAAGAAUCUUCUAUGCGGAUCGGGCUAUCCGUCUUCUGAUAGAAGAAGCGCUCAAUGUUUUACCGUUCGUUCCUCGGACUGUCACUACACCUUUAGGUGUAUCUUAUCAAGGCCUAGCAUUCGGCAGCGGCCUCUGCGGUGUAUCUAUUGUUAGAGCCGGAGAGUCGAUGGAAAGUGCACUUCGAGCAGUUUGCAGAGGAUGUACAAUCGGCAAAAUAUUAAUUCAAAGAGAUGAAGAAACUUCUGAGCCUGUUCUCUACUACGCCAAACUCCCUGCAGAUGUAUCAAAGCGUACAGUCUUACUGAUGGAUCCGAUGUGUGCAACAGGCGGCAGCGUCUGUAGAGCUGUAACAGUUUUAAAACAACACGGUGUAGAAGAAGAUAAGAUUGUCUUUGCUACGCUCAUGGCUGCUUCACCUGGCAUUGAUAAAGUCUUAGGCGAAUUCCCCAAUAUUCGAAUCGUCUGCGGAUCGAUUGAGGCUGGCCUUAACGAUAGGAAUUUCCUCGUUCCUGGAAUCGGAGACUUCGGGGACAGGUACUUCGGAACGGAGUAA